AUGGAGACAGAGGAAUCCAUCAGCACGGCAGAAAGGGCUGCUUGCGGCUCACACUCGCUGACUGAUGAAUACACCGCCUCCAAACCCACUGGCAGGAAAAUGUCAAGUGCGGCAAAAAAGCGCUUCGGAGCUCUGAGGCAGCUGGGAGUGGAGCCGAAUAUGGCUUCAACACUGGCGGUCAAGAGCUUCGCUGAGCUGAAGCAGAUGGGGUACAAGUUUAAGGCCUCGCAACCUGAAUCUGGGCGCAAACCGGUAAAACGGGUUCGCUCGGAGGAGGAAUCGCCAAAGGGACAUAUUACCAAAGUCCCAAAGGUGAGUGAGACCUUAAACACCUCAACCACCGUAGCCUACAGCGAGGCCGUACGCUCAAUCCGGGUCGGCAUAAAAGACUCCAAGUCCUUGAUGACUAACACACAACUGGAGUCGCUGCGCAAUACCAUCCUGCAAAGCAUUGCCAAAUCCGGAAGGGGCGAAGGGCCUAAAUUCGUGGGCUGCUCCUUUAAGCCAGGCUGGCUCCUCAUCACGUGUGAGGACGAGCGCUCAAAAACCUGGCUUGAGAAUAUAGUCCCCCCCCUCAAACCGUGGCCGGAAGCAAGCCUCGUUCUCUUGAGCGAGUCUGAAAUCCGAAAACCUAAUGUGGGGGUGGUAUAUAUUCCUAUCUCUGAAGCCAGCAGCGCAACGCGGGCCUUAGAAUUCUUCGGUGCUCAGAAUGAGGGUCUGAACACCGAGCACUGGAAGGUCCUCAAUACGAAGGUUGACAAGGGAGGUCUAACUCUGACCGUAUCCCUAGACGACCACUCGUUUGAGGCCCUAAAGAUGAUGGACCUAAAGGCCAACAUUGGCUUCAAAAAGGUCCAGUUCAGAAUUAAGGGCCCCAUACAGGACUCCAAACCCUCCGCUGAACCCCCGACCACCGCCGCAACCACCACCACCUCUACCCCCGUACCCGCAUCCUUAACCACCCCCCCUGAGGGGGAAGGGGAACGCGGUUUCCCCCCAACAAGGGGACCACAAGGGGCGCACAUCCGCCCAGAGGAAGGGGGCAGCACAGAGGACCGUACCGAGGGCGGCGGGGCACACAAGGGCGCCGCGGCUCCCAAGCACAAUAGUCCCCACCAACCUCAACGCCCAAAGGGGAUGGCGAUACUACAGGCCAACCUACACCACGCUAUCGCAGCCUCUGCGGUCAUAGAAAAGAUCUUCAGCGAAGGUGGCCUGGACAUCGCCCUCAUUCAAGAACCAUGGAUAAACGCCGACUCCAUGGUAGCCGGUCUGAACAACGCUGAACUUUGCAGCGAAGAUACUGUCACCGCGUACGUAGAAGUCAAAGGGCCGAACAGGUCCAAAGUACUCUUCUGCUCGGCAUAUCUUCCUGGAGAUAAGCAAGAUCCCACUGAAGAACUGACUAACGUCCUGGAAUACUCUAGAAGACAAAAGUCGGAACUGAUAGUGGGAUGCGAUGCUAACGCCCACCAUACCAUCUGGGGAAGCUCGGAUACCAACAUGAGAGGUGAGUUACUAUCCGAUUUUCUUCUAUCUAACUGUCUACAGGUGCUGAACAAUGGCCACACGCCAACAUUCGUAACAAAAACCAGACAGGAAGUAAUAGAUAUAACAUUCGCAACAGAAAAUGUGUCAAAAUGUAUAACAAAAUGGCACGUCAGCAGCGAGAACUCAAUGUCUGAUCAUAGACAUAUACGUUUUGAUAUUUCAGGGCUGGUAGAAGCUCAAUAUCCAAGAGUAAGAAAUCCAAAAGACACCUCCUGGGAUAUGUAUAUAACCCUGCUCAGUGAGAAUCUAAAGGAUAUACCCAAAACUAUCAAAACACCGGACUCUCUUAAUGCCGCGGUCAAAAUGCUCAAUAAUGGCAUAAUCAAUGCCUACGAACGAAGCUGCCCCGAAAAAGAAGUAAAAUCUAACAAAUCACCAAUGUGGUGGAACAAGAAGCUAGAAAAGCUCAGAGCCAUCACACGUCGUAUAUUCAACCGUGCCAAACCGUGCGACUGGGACAAGUACGGAAAGGCCCUAACAGAAUAUAACAAACAAAUCAGAAAAGCUAAAAGAGCCUCUUGGCGACGCUUCUGUGAAGAAAUUGCACAAACUAACAAAGGAGCAAGAAUUCACAAAAUCCUCGCUAAGACCCCAAACAACUAUCUUGGACUACUAAAGAAGCCAGAUAACUCAUUUACGAACACCGAGAUGGAGACUCUGGAUCUCCUUAGGUCUUCACACUUUCCGGGUUCGUACCAAAUCAAUACACAAAGCAAUACCCAAAGGAAUGAUGAACUCCAUAGGGCUAAAUGCUCAGACUGGAAUAAGGCCUCCAAUAUCUUUAGGCCUAACCAGAUUAGAUGGGCUUUGGAAAAGUUUAAACCAUUUAAAUCAGCGGGAGAAGAUGGCAUCUUUCCUGCUCUUCUACAAAAAGGUACUAACUUACUUCUCCCGCAUCUGGUAAAAAUAUUCAGAGCAAGUUACGCCUGGGGUAUUAUACCAGAACCAUGGAAUUGGGUCAAAGUUCGUUUUAUACCCAAAACGGGGAAAAGGGACUACUCACAACCCAAAUCCUUCAGACCCAUAAGUCUAACAUCCUUCCUGAUGAAGGCCAUGGAAAGGAUAAUAGACCAGCACAUUAGAGCCAAAUACUUAGUGAAAAGACCACUAAGCAUCAACCAACAUGCAUACCAAAAGGGAAAAUCUACUGAAACAGCCCUGCUCGAUCUGGUCGAUAAGGUGCAAAAAUCCCUAGAGGAUAAGUCUGACUCUGAGUUCAGCGACAGCCCAUCAGUGCAGAUCGAGCGCCAGCCCAAGCCUAAGAGAACCAAGGAGCCGGCCAAGCGCAAAUCCUCAGCUAGCAAAAGCGUUAGCAACGACCAUUCAAGAACCAGUAAGAAAAAAACAACUGGCGUUUUCGACGUGUUCAACCUACAAGACGGUGAACCGGUCCUCGAACGACGUAGCUCAACGAAGCCAGCGUCGGUGUUGUACAACCGCGUGGCUAACGGGCAGACGCGGCGCACCGCGCAUCUCGACGGCGCCUUCUACGUGGAGCUGAAGGUGUUCAACGCGGCGGACGUGGACGCGGGCGGCGACGACCUGUGGAAGAAGUCGUUGCUGUGGCUGAAGCUGCGCACCGAUGAAGACACUGCGCACUGGGAUCGGAUCCAAAAGUUUGUGAGGGAGGCUAGCUCUCUGUUCAACGAAUCGGAGGCCACAUUGUAUUCGAAUAACAUUAAAUUUAAAUAG